AAGUAUGACAUUCAUAAGGAAAUGUAAAGACGUCUGUAUAUAAAAGGAGUCUAAAAAUAGCAUACAGAUCUGAUUUGGUCUGUCAUUAUUAAUGAUUUGAUUCGCUCUCUUCUACAAAACAGGUUUACGUCGUAUCGUAUGAAAUGAAAACUACAAGUCCCAGAAGAGGACCGAACCACGAAUAUCUAGUGGGAAAGGUGAUAGUAACAUUUAAGUGGGUUUAUAAAUAAAUAAACAUAUAAAGAGUGAACAGUUUAUGGAUUCGAGUUUCCAAGAAGAGGGAGACUAUGAUAUUAUUAUUUCGGGCGACAGCGGAUUUUCCUGAUUGAACCAAAAGACGUGGUUUUCUCUGGACGGCGUCUUAAGUGCUGGCAGACAAUGGCUAAGCCUGGUAUGAGAUGGCUGCAGCCGCAGCAGAACCAGAAGACAGCUGAACUUGCAAUUCCUCGGAAUCUGAGUUAUAUCUCGGGGAAGUACAAUAACGUGCAACUGGCAGAAGGAUUUGGAGGAAGUAGUGGGGGGCAUCAGCCAACUGCCAUUCAGGUCCGACCACCUCCUCGGCAGGAGCACUCAACUGUGAAACCACCCCAGCAAGGACCUCAAUGUGAGACUCAGCUUCGGACGAUUAUGAGGCGUAGGGCAAAAUCUCUGCCCACCUCUCCAGAGAGAGGCAGGAGCCUUUCUAAGGCAGGCAGACGACAGAAAGUUCGGUUUGCAGAUUGUCUUGGCUUGGAAUUAGAAGAAGUAAAGAUCUUCAAAACAGGGGAAGACCCUUCUGUUCCUUUUCAUGUGCUUUCAAGGCUCAUGCUUAGCUCUGAGCUAGCCUCAGGAAGAUAUUUGGAGAUCCCACUUCCUUACCUACAGACAGAUUUCUCCCAACAGCCAGGUGACCAGAAUGAUUUUAGGGAGAGACUAAUGCGACAGAGGGUUUGUCUGGAGAGAGUCCUCUGCUCAGAACUGGGAAUUUCAGGUUCUGUGCGUGUCAUUAAUCUCUCUUUUGAGAAAGAGGUCAUUGUUCGAUACUCCUUUACUUCUUGGACUAGCAGUUCAGAUGUCAAAGGCUGGUGGGAUUCCAGUGGUCCUGUAGAUGGAGGUCCUGUGGGAGUAGAAAUUGACCAGUUUUGCUUUUGGAUACCUGUCCCUUCUUUUGUGUUGCAGCCUGGAAUGUCCUUGGAGUUUGCAAUAUGCUACCGAGUCAUGGGAUGUGAGUUCUGGGACAAUAAUGAUGGCAAAAACUACAGUUUGACCUGCCACAGCUAUAAAAUCACAGUGCCAAAAGAUUGUGAGGGCAGUCUUGUACACUUCAUGUAAUAAAUAAAAAAUAUCUUUUUGUCCUCCAAUAACAUCCAAUGAGAAUAUUUAAUAUGAAUUUUGUUCAUACAUACUGCUGCCUUGAUCUCGUCUGCACAGUUUUAAUGGGUAUAAGGUCUUUUCUGCUGGAUAAAAUUUGUGAGCUAUAUAUGGCAGUCCUUCCAUGGAAAAUAAAUAUUUUCUGUGUGAAAUUUAUUUCAUUUGUUUACCACAAAAUAAGUCAGAAAAACAGAAAAUGAGUGUGUGUAUGUAGUAGAUACACAUUUGGCAGCAGUUUCAGCUCUGAAUCUGUGUGCACAGGUCUUUUUCUCUCUAUCGGCAUUUCACAUCUGGGCACUGUAGUUUUUUCCACCAUUCUCCUUUGCAAAAAUAAUCAAACUUUAUCAGAUUGCACGUAAACAGCCUUUUUGAAGUCCAGUUAUGAAUUCUCAAAUUAAUUGAGAUUUGAAGCCAUUCCUGGGUAGCUUUGGCUAUAUGCUUGGGGAUACUGUCUUGCGGGAAAACAAAUCUUCAGUCAAGGUGCAGGUUUCUUGCUGACUGCAUCAGGUUUUCUUGUAUUUUUCUACAUUAAUUUUGCACUCUACUGUCACUAGCUUUAAAGGCUUAGCAGUGUCGAUGGUGUGUUUCUGACAAUGUUCUUUGUUUGGCUUACACUAAAUUUGGUGUUUGGUCUGAAUGCCAUAAAGCUCACGUUUGGCUUCAUCAGACUAUAGAACCUUCCUGUAGCAGACGUCAGAGUCUCCAAUUCACUGUCUGGCAAACUCUAGCUGAGAUGUAAUGUUCUUUUUUUAACAGUGUUUUCUCUUCAUGGCAGGAUGGCAAGAGAGAGAGCAUACCUUUGCACGUCACCCUCUUUAUUGUCUCUCAACAGCUCCUGACACGUACACCCCUGAACACGUCCUGAGGCCAAUCACAAAUGAAACCGCUCAUACACAACCUCUUUACCAGUUUGUGGAUGUAAUAUUUACUAAUGAAAUAGUACAUGUAGGCUCAACAUUACAAAUAAAGAUAUGUAAAAUAUUGAUCUACUUAUAUGGUAAAUAUAAUUUAUUACAAAUAAAGAUAUGUAAAAUAUUUAUUAACUUAUGCACUAAAUAUCGUUUAUUGUGCACUCCUAUACAAUCCACAUAAUCAUAAAUGCUUUAGUACCUUGGAACACAAUACAGUGAGCUAACCCCAGUGACAAUGGAAAUUGCAUAACACGUUUUUUUUAUACAAUUCUUAUUUUGUUCAUUGGUACCUCUAAUACUUAACCUUUUGAUAUGUCGACUGUGAGCUGAAGCCAAAGAUGGUCUACACUUUAGUUGGAAUUAAAAUAAAUGAAAUACUCUAACAUUUUUUUUUUCUAAUAUUAGGCAUCCAAUAUUUUUUUUUAAUAAAGAAAACCGAGUAUAUUUAAAGAAUCUAUUAUAUAAUAAAACACUAAGGUCUGUAUGCCCAGUCCCUUAGAGCAAUCUGAUUGGUCAGUUUGAUUUUGGUGAAGCAAAGAGGAAUAUUGUGAGUGUAAUACGUACAAGUAGGAGUAAAGGCGCAUGCUGAGAGAUUCGUCUUCAAAGACAAAGUAUAAAACUUGUCAAGAGACAAGAAAGGUACCUUGAAUAUAAUGACAAAGUCUAAGAAGCAAAAGAGAGGGAAGUGCACACGCAAAUACAGAGGAAAAGCUCUGAAGGCACAUGUAGGACAAGAGAUAGCAAAUAUAUAUUUUUAAUUAUUCUGUUACUUGUCUUCAAACUGGUACUGUGGCCAGUCUUACAUAAUUUUUAAGACAUUUUUUGCUGCAUACUGUAUAAUGGGAUGUUCACUUUAAAUGUAAAAGCUGAAAAGUGCAUAACUUCAACUACUGUAUAAUUCUCUAUGCUUUAUGUAGUAAAUUAUAGCCUGCUUGCAGCUGCAAUCCAUUCAUUCUAUUGCUAUUAUUAUUAUUAUAUUUUAUCAGUUAUUUUAAUUGUCUGUUGUAUUUUACUUUCUAUGAUUACCUUCUCUUUUCAUUUAGUCGGUCAGAAGGAACACUUAUUUAUAGGCUAGUUUAGAUCUGAAAGUUGAAUAUGACUGAAGUUUUAAUGAAUUCUGACCAUUUUUCAGUACGUGUAAUAAUUUUUGACCUAGGCAAUAUAGCUUCACUUUCUUCUUGAAAUUUAUACCAAUAUUGUUCUGAUAUUUAGCUGCUUUGCACAAUUGAUGCUUGUUGUGACCUAGAGGCUAAGCUGAAUAUCAAGUCCAUAAAUGAGGUGCUAUAACAAUGUAGGUUGCUGACAGCUCAAGGUAUUGUCACAGACUGCCCAAUUCAUGAACUUCAUAAGGACUAUUAAACACUUUUGAAUUCUUCUUUAUUCCUAAUCAACAUAUUGAAAAUGUGAUCCUAAUAACAGCUGACAUGAAAUAAUAGAAAUUUCUAGUUGCAGGUGUAUGCUAAGUACUUGACCAGAAAGGUGGAACUGGAAAUUCCAUCUGUGAUGUGUCGUGUUUCUACUGUCAGUGCUUUAUCGUAUAUCACAAAAGAAAGAGUGAAAGAGAUAGAGAUGAAGAAGGAAAAUGACUGCAAGGAAAAGGUUUUUUGUCUGAUGUUGUGUAUUGGCAGAGUGGUACCAGGCAUGUCAUAUUCACUUUAGAGCGUUGGUAAGAGCACUUCACAGAUUUCAAGUUUGCUUGCCACUUCCAUGUACUGAACAUGCAGAUUAUGUCAAAUUAAAGAAAGUAAAUACAAUAAAGAAAUACCAAGUUAAAACAAACUCCAGAAAAGGGUACGCAAGUUACUAGCUGCUCAUUCUAGUUUUGUCUCCCAAUCACCUCACAAUUUUUUGUGGAGCACACAUGGGUCUGACUUUGUUUCUUUAAUGUUCCACCACCAAAUGUAUUAUACAUUUUUGUCCAUUUGAGUGUGGUGGGUUUACUCCUGUGACAUCACUGUCCUAUGUUGGGAUUCUAGACAUGACAAUGUGGACCUUUUGAAUGAUACUGAAGCACUUUGAAGCUUCUUUAGAUUUUAUUUGAAUGUGUUUUUUGAUGUAAGUUCUUAGCAUCUACCUACAGGCCUUUAGUUCUGAGCUGUGAGUGGAGGUAGAGGAAUCAAUACGAUAUAUAAAAGCUGAGGGGUUGGUUCCUAUGAUAUAGGUGAACUUCAGGUAUCUCCAAGAGAGCCUUCUAGGUACAGUGUCAUAGGUAGAGCUCAUUAAACAUGUGCCUUCCCUUUGUGGCCUCACACUUUCUUUUUGUAAAACUUGGAGAUGCUUAUCCUUUGCACAUAAAAUAAAGCAUUUUCAAUGUCCACUAGGUAGUACCAUGACACCUUGCACACCUCCAGUAUCAGUAGUUAGCUUUAAUCCAGUGCAGUGCCUGAUAUGUAGUUAAAUGUAGCUAAGAACGUGAGUAGCUAAUAUAAUGUUAAUUUAUGCCAAAUUAGGAACAGAAUAAUAUACUCCUAUCUGUUGCUCUUUCCAGGAGAAAUACGCUGUUGUUGUAGGGGCCAGGUCAAAACCAGGGAAGGUAGCAGAUGGUCUGACUCUGGUGUUUAGGGCUUUGUACACAUCAGGCCUCUGGCCUUCUGAACGUUCAACCUGUCACUUCUAUGACAGCAAUCAAGAUCUUUGUACGGUGACACAAGUUUAAAGCUAUCUUUCUAGGUCUGAUAGAAUGAGAACUUCGUUUUUGGAAGGAUGACUGCAUCUUUGAGGGCAGUUUGAAGAGCAGUCUAGCCACAUGUGACUCAUUCUGCAGUUUCUGCUCAUUGUUGAUGCCUAGGAUCUGCAAGCACCUACCUAGAGCUUGGAUUGGAUUGUGAGAGAUUCCUAUUUUGUUUCACCUAGCUGUAUAUCAGGUGAAUCCAUCAUAGCAACAGUUGUGUGCAGUAUCAAAAGGGUUGAGUUAGGAGUCAGCCAUCAAUCAUACAUCUUCUAAUUUAAAAUGAUCUACCAGCACCUGAUAAAUUUCAAUAAUUCUUUUGUGGCAUCUGGCAAGAGAUUUCCCAAGACCAGGAGUGCAAAUUGACUUCUGAUGAAUUAAGUUAUUUAUUGUAUAUUAAGACCCCCUGUAAGUCAAUUCUUACUUAGUAUUAUCACUUUACUGCCCAGUCUGCAGAGGCUGUAUCAUUUGAAAUUUUGAAUUUUCUGCUUCAGCAGUACAGUAUAUGCAAAAAUGUGCUGUGACACCACCAUUAUGAAGGAUGCUGCUUCUGCAGGCAUGUAAAAGGAAAUAUCAAGAAGUUUGUAUGGAGUUGGUGAUAGGGUUGUUACUGCAAUGUAUUUAAGGGGUUCUGUAUGCUUGAAAUGAAG